GAAAGAAGGUUUUGGUUAGAGUUUUUUUUAAUGAAUCAUGUCGACAUUUUUCACUAUACUCCUGACAUGAAGAUAUAAAACUUUGAACCCGCAACACGAAAAUCUAAUUUUUAAUUGGUUUACUAUUGAAACUUCUUCCCACGCCUAGCUAUAACGAGGCAUAUCUAUCUCUAUCUCUAUCUCUAUCUGUCUCCAUAUCCGUACAUAGCUAGGUACAUGAACCUAUCUAUCUACCUAUAUACCUCCCUUGAGUUGCCACCGCCGUUGUUGCUGCUGCCCCUCUUUGAAACCCCUUCGGUGCCGUCGCUAUCUUCCACCUUGCCAUAUCCAACCUUACGCCACACUUGUCGACCCAUCCCAUAUUCCAGUCAUCCUUCCUUUAGACACUCUCGUGCGAAAGUGCCUCGGAGGAGCAAGAAAACAGGGCCGGCUCGAUCACGCUGCCCACAUUUGGUUUUGCAUUGCGCUUGCUAUUCGUCAUAUCCCGUCCACAGUGCUUGACUACAAGAACAGGAAUUUGGCAUUGUGACUGCAUUCCAUAGCCAGCAAUAUAUUAAUUACCUUGGAUAAUCUAAGACGAAAGGAAAGAGAAGAGACCCCUCCUGCGCUGCUUCCCCUUCUUUUGUCGUCUCUCCCUCCUCAGCAAAAAGAAAGUUCGGUCAUUUUCCUGAAUGUCAGAUCAAGCCAGAUCCAGUCAAAUUCAUUAAACAAUCGAUCGAGAAAGAUCUUCCUCUCCAAACACAAUAAUAAGCAUAAUCCCGUCACCACUCUUCCCAAAUUCCACGCACUCUUAUCAAUAGUUAAUGCUCUUGACUGGUUGGGCGUUGCACGAUAUAUAAAAGCGGCCAGUUUCAAACCAUUGUAACUGCACCAUUCCUAAACGGACACUCAGCUAUAGUUGCAGGCGACAGGGGGGUGAAAAAAGACACACACUCGACACACACCACCCCUCGUAAACCCAGCCUUCCUUCGCUUUCGCCACUUUCUCCCACUCUUCCUCUCACUCACCGUCUUAUCUAAAAAAUCAAUUCUUCCUUGGAGUGAAGUGAGUGAGUCUUUAAGAGUCAAAACGUCCAUCGAAAGAAAGAAUCACCAGGGGAACAGACAGAUCGCCAGCUCAGAGAAAACAUCCCAGUCACCAUUCGUCUAGAAGAUUAAAUUGUUUAGUUGCCUCUUCCUGGAGCACAACUUCACAUUACACGACAUCGUUAUACCAGCUUCCACGUCUUCUGCGUUACCACUCUCUGGGAUUGGAUAGGACCUUUUCAAGUCUCACACCCUCUUCCCACACGCUUUCCAGACUCCAAAAGUUACUCAGGACCAACCGAUCCCUUCUCUUACUUCCACAGGAUUACUUCUUCUCGAGGCUCCCGUUCAUACCCCCUCCCGGACAUUGAGAAAGUUUCCCACUUCUCCAAACAGGAUUUUCUUCUAGCCCGUUUUCUGACUCUCCAAUUUGUCACCGGUUAUUUUGUGUGCUACCACAUUUAUCCCCUAGGCUGACUUGUGUGUGAUUUGCAUUCCAAAAUCCUCACUUCUGGUCCUUCUCUUUCUCUUCCCACCAACUCUUUCCUGGAUUAUCAUCAUGUCGCGACGUGACGAUAGAGAUAGCAGAGCUUCGCGCUCGCAACCGCAGCCAGCACCUGUUGCCAGAACAGGCCAGUUUGUUAUUGACGCUGAAGGUAUCGACAGAGAAGUUAUCACGGCCGAUAUCUGCCGGUAUCUUGGUAACGAUGCUCUCGUCAAACCGGGUGACGUGGAAGACCCGAGAACGAAACAACUUAAGCCUGUCUACGUGAUCACAGCUUACAGGAAUCUUACAAAUGCAAUGAUAUUUGAUUUAAAGCAGGCGUCUGCAGACUGGCGAGCUGAGAGACUUGCUAGAUCUAAUGCACAAUACCCUACAAACGGUAUCUCUUUAAGGGAUUCGAACGAGAUGGUUCGAAAAUCUAACACCCCUAUAGUAGUGGACUACAGAAGCUCAAAUGCACUCGAUCAAUCUAUUGCUCGAAUGGAUAGAAUGGAUGCAACACAGCCUCGACCUGCUGCACAACAAGGGAUGUAUAAUUCACCAUCGGCUGCUGUGCCCAGUUCCCAAUCAUAUCAACCAAGUGGCCAGGGUUACUCGGCGGGUUACAGUCAGCCCACAAGUUACCAGAAUGAUGGCUACACCCAGCCAUCAUCACAACCGUAUGCUCCUUCUACCCAAGGAUACCCUCAUGACUCCAGGACUUAUAUCCACGGAUCCAAUUAUUCUGUUGCUGAACCACCCGCUGGCCGCGGCGGAUCUGUUCCUCAGUCAACUCCUAGGACUCAAUAUCCACCUAGUACAUCCUACCAAGCACCUGCAGCGCAGUACUACUCUCAAUCUGGACCACCUGCAUCAACUCCAGCAUAUGCCGCCCAUGCACCAACAGAUCCCUACUAUAGUAGUCGUGCUGCUCCAUCAGGCAAUUAUGAAUCCACACCGGAGAUAUACGACAACAGAGCGUACCCGGAAAGUUCAGAUUACCAGAUGCAAGAUGCCGGAUAUACUGAACCAGGCUCAUCAUACCAGGAACCUGUAUCAUACUCUCAGCCAAUGCCAUCUGGACGAAGUGGCACCGCCACUUCUUCAUCUCAAAGGCCGCGUGACCGGGACAGUAGGGAUGACCGUGACAGACAUCACCAGCGCCGCAGGAAUUGAUCUUCUCUCUGGGACGUAAUUGAUUUGUGCGAUACUGUUUCCUCGGACUUUUAUCAUGUCCUGGCGUUUUUUUCAUUGCUUUAUUCCCUGGAUUUACUGGAACACUGGACCAAUCAAAGGAAUCUCCUAUAUUAUGGAUCCAGACGAGACUAUGGGUACUUUACGACUUCACUUCAUCGGAAUCUUAAUAAAAAGCCAAGAAUGCAAUAGGUAUUGCAUCUUGGAAAUCGAGGUAUGGUCUUUAUAUUACCAGGAUUUUUUAUCAUACCCAUCGCUAGACUACUACCAACUGGACCGAAUACGGAAUGUAUUAUCGGAGAAUUACCGCGGAUAUUUUAUCAUGAACUUUGCAUGUGCAGAGCAUUUAUCCCAGGCUUAAUGAGCUUCGAAGGACCAAAUGAGGAUAAUGGAUGUGUUUUUGCCUUCUUGCAUUUUUUAUCUGUCAGUUGCAUCAGUUUUUGCACACGCACAGGCCGUUGGUGCGCAUUAUGAGUUUACGUUUUCUUGAAAGUUUCUGGAUUAUCUUAGGAUACCAUCCCUCAUACUUGCUGUCUUGGACCCAAAUUCCGGAAGCCUCGCCGGCUGGGGUUUCCUCCAUACCACGUUUCGUGAUUUGGUUAGUAUCUUAAUACUCGUUGGAGCAUUCAGGUCUGGGUUCAGGCAGCAUUGUAGAGGAGUUUGUAUAUACAUCGACAGCAGCCACUCAAAGGAUAAUUUCAACACUUCAAAACAAUGCCCAUCCACUUCAUUUCAUGGAUUCCCUUGUGGUCAAGACCCGACCAUGGAUUUUCAUCACUGACUUUCAAGCAUGGAUUCACAGCACAGGUAUAGUGAAACCAUCCGGUUUUGGGACCUCUUUCUGGAUUGGCCUUCUUUUUAUUUGGACCUGGAUUACUACCCUUACGGACUACCGUCUCUUGGAUCUCAGAAGUUCAAGCCAUUGGACGUGCUAUCUUUCGAUAUUCCCUCCGUUGCGUUUAUUCGAUUCAGGUGUGUAUCAAGGACCAAUCAGCUCGAUCAAAUCUCUUUUCGUCGCCUUGUCCAUAUGAAUCUCAUCGCGUGCCGUAAGACCGGAACAUCUGACCUUUCCAUGGGUUACAGAAGGUUGUUGUGCGCCGCUUUGACACAGUCCCGAGUAAUAGGGAGUGUAGCUCACACAAAUAUCAAAACAUCUAAGCAACAUUAUGAAAGGGCCUCGGAAAUCGACGCAUUGCAAGCAUAUCCGUGGCUUGAACUCGACGUCUCAACUCAGGAUCCAUCUCCAAGUGACCUUGAAGAGAGACACAUAAUCCAUCCAAAUUGGUCACCGAAUACUCCCGAGGAUUAUCUAAACCUUGCAGUAUUUUGCCAUAUCUCGCCUGAUCUCAGCACUUUCGACAGUUUUUUGCAUGGCUUCAAAUCCAGGAUAGCAGACUUGAUCAUCAUCCAGCUUUUGUAAAACAUAUAUACGCUGGAUGUUCAAUACCGUGGUCAUUUACUAGCAGCUGUUAGCCAUUUUUUCUGAGGACGGACAAUCCAACCACGGGGCAAAACGACCGAAUCGCACAUCUAAUCUAUCGUCUUCAUUGACUUGCGGCAGCAAUAGGAGAUUGCGUGUCAAAACUGGGAACCUUCGGAAAGGUGGUUUGGCUUCAAGAGAUUUCAAUAAUUCAGGGUGGCAAUAGUCUGUUAUUUCAUUCUUCUGAUACUCGGCUCACGUGCUGGCGGGCCUGAGUUGUACGAUUGAGAUUGGUUUCAUUCUAGUUUUGUGGAGGUUUUAAGGACUUCAUAUUCGUUUCCAGUUGGGUUGUGAGGAAACAUAAUACGCAUGGCGGUCAGGUUGGUCAGUUGGUCGGUGGCAUGGUGUGGUCAUUGGCACAUAUAAUCAUUUGGAUCAUCUCGCAAAAUGGCAUAGGUGGCAUAAGUUUAGAUAUUGUUACGCCAUCGGUGCUCAUGGCUUUUUAAUUACUAGUUUUCGUUUCAUGUUUAUUUGGAUUUCUGUUCGCUAUGGUGCUGUGAUGGUAGACAAAUGGACGGUGUGCAAUGAGAUAAAUGACGGUCGAAACUGCAGCUUUGUGCAAUAUUUAGGAAAAGAAUGAAAGACCCUCUGGAAGACUAGAUUCGAAUUGCAUAAAUCUAAAUCAACUGAUGUUAUGGCUCUUGGCUCUAGGCAAUGUAGAGCUUGUGAAAUGGUGAUUUACCAUACGCAUACUAUGCCUGACGGCAGCAAUAAAGGGGCAUAUCGAUGAUUGUAGGUAGACGUUUGGGAUGUUGAUAUGUCUAAGAUGUUAAUCUCUUCUAAAUGCCAAUUGUGAACCUUAUCCAUUUUGAGAAUGUCUUUACAAAUCAAAAUUAUAUCCA